UGUCGGUUCGUUUUUUAACAGAAAGACAGGGGAACCAUUUCUGUCAUUUCCCAAAUCUCGAUGCAAUUUUCCCGCUUUCCAAACAUCCAAACAUUUUCUUUUCUUUUACAUCAUCGCUCCCAAUACCAUUUUCCUCAAUUUUCAUUUCACAUUAUUUUUUAAACGUUUUAUCAUCAGAGCUCCUCGAUGCAACAAUCUAGUCUAGAUUCCUAAAAAACAUUGACGAUGACUUUAAUUUUCCAUUCAAAACCCCCAAAUCUCUACAUUUUGCAAAUUCUCAGAGCCGUCAUGAACUUGUAAAGAGUUAAUUUCAACAAAUUUGUCGCCUUUCUGUGCUCCAAUGGAAUGGGUAAUGGUGGGUUUGUUUGUUCUUUUCUUUUGGGUGGGUCUAGGUGGAGCUUCUGAUGAUAGUCUUCUCUCUCCUAAGGGUGUUAACUUUGAAGUGGCUGCAUUGAUGUCUGUGAAGAGUAAAAUGAUAGAUGAAUAUCAUGUACUUGAUGGUUGGGAUAUAAAUUCUGUUGAUCCUUGCACUUGGAACAUGGUUGGUUGCUCUCCAGAGGGCUUUGUAAUUUCUCUUGACAUGGCCAGUAUGAGAUUGGCAGGGAUUCUUUCACCAGGUGUUGGGAAUUUGACUCACCUUCAGACAAUGUUAUUGCAGAACAACCAGUUAUCCGGUCCUGUCCCAGCUGAGAUUGGGAAGCUUUCAGAACUAACAACUCUUGACCUUUCAGGAAAUCAGUUCAUCGGUGAAAUUCCAAGCUCUUUGGGUUUCCUGGAUCAUCUAAGUUACUUACGGCUUAGCAGAAACAAGUUAUCUGGACAGAUUCCUAGACCUGUUGCAGAUCUUACAGGUCUAUCAUUCUUGGACUUGUCGUUCAAUAACCUUAGUGGUCCUACUCCAAAAAUACAAGCUAAAGGCUACAGUGUUACAGGGAAUGGUUUUCUCUGCUCUUUUUCGUCUGCACAAAUUUGUAAGAAUGUUACAAACCCCGUUAAUGACACGAGUUCAUAUCAGAAAGUCAGCAAUCAUCAUCGAUGGGUUGUUUCUGUUGCCGUAGGUGUGAGUUGCAUAUUUGUCAUUUUCAUGAUGCUUCUGGUCAGUUGGGUGCAUUGGUACAGAUCUCGCCUUCUAUUUACAUCAUAUGUGCAGCAAGAUAUCGAAUUUGAUGCUAAUCACAUAAGGAGGUUUUCAUUCCGUGAACUGCAAAUUGCUACGAGCAAUUUUAGUCCUAAAAACAUUUUAGGUCAAGGUGGAUUUGGAGUUGUAUAUAAAGGAUAUCUACCAAACAAGACAGUGGUGGCAGUGAAAAGGCUGAGAGAUCCCAAUUUCACCGGAGAAAAACAGUUUCAAACUGAAGUUGAGAUGAUAGGAUUGGCUUUGCACCGAAACCUUCUUCGAUUAUAUGGAUUUUGUAUGACAGCUAAUGAGAGGUUGCUGGUUUACCCUUAUAUGCCAAAUGGAAGCGUUGCUGAUCGCUUGAGAGACACUGGUAAGGAAAAGCCGUCUUUGGAUUGGAAUAAACGCAUGCAUAUUGCCCUUGGUGCUGCCCGCGGACUGUUAUACUUACAUGAGCAGUGCAAUCCAAGAAUAAUUCACAGGGAUGUCAAAGCCGCAAACAUUUUGCUUGAUGAAAGAUUUGAAGCGGUUGUUGGGGAUUUUGGUCUUGCUAAGCUGUUAGAUCUUAGGGAUUCACAUGUCACUACUGCUGUGAGGGGUACUGUAGGACACAUCGCCCCCGAGUAUCUUUCGACUGGGCAGUCUUCUGAGAAAACCGAUGUUUUUGGAUUUGGCAUACUGCUUUUGGAACUUAUAACAGGGCAGAAGGCAUUAGAUGCUGGAAAUGGUCAGAUUCAGAAGGGAAUGAUCCUUGAUUGGGUUAGAACCUUGUACGCAGAAAAAAGACUAGAAGUGCUAGUGGAUAGGGAUCUCAAGGGAUGUGUUAGUGCAGAAGAGUUAGAAAAAGCAGUUGAAGUAGCCCUGCAUUGUACUCAAUCGAACCCCAACCUCCGGCCAAAGAUGUCAGAAGUCUUAAAGAUCCUUGAAAGUAUUGCCGGGCAGCCAGGUCAUGUGGAGGAAUCACAGGGUGGAAACAACACGUGCGAAGGGCAGAUUUGUAAUUUCACUGGGAACUACAGUGUCCACGAUGAUUCCUCAUUUGUUAUAGAACCCAUUGAGCUUUCUGGACCGAGGUGACACAAAUGUAUCAUUUACCUUAUCUACGUACAUCUCUCUCUUCUGGCCCCAAUUUAGCAGAAGUUUCAUGUAGUGAGUCCCAUUGUACAAUAUAGAGCAAGACCGGCACAGGUUAGGAACUGUCUAAGAAACAAUGCCAAGUGUAAAUAUUUAGACUAAUGAUAUUUCUGGAAGAGAAUAUGUAGACUGAACACUGUUUUUGAAGUAGUUAUGUUUGUAUUUGAGAAAAUUGCGGAAGAUUCAGUUGUUGUGUAGUGUAAAUGCAAAUUUGUUGACAUUGUCACCCUUCAUUAUUUGAA